CGUACUCUUAUUUUCUAUUUAAUCAACCUCCAUUUUCUAUCUUUUUCUCUUCUUUUUAUUUUUUUAAAAAAUGUAAAGUGACACUCCCUGGUGCAUAUUAAAGAGAGAGAAAAAUAGAAAAGUGGAAAGAAGAAGAAAAAAAGCAAAGUAGAAGGGGCCAGGUCCAAGAUGACACGGACACGCAAGCCCAUUAUCACGUACUUGGGCUGACUCUGAUGCAUGAAUCCAUACGCAAAUCCCGGCCACGCCCCUGUGGUUGCGCGAGUAACACACGCGCCUCCACCCUUAAGUUCCACGCGCUGCUUUCUUUUACGUUUUAAAAUCCUUCCAUACCUCUCCGCCACUUCCUGCACAAACCCUCCCUUCUCCAUGGGACAGUCACCGUCCACCUCCGCCGCGCCUCCGUCGGACCUCAACCGCCUCCAAAUUGCUCAGUUACACCCAAACACCGAUUCUGAUUCCACCGAUUACACCCUGCGUCUCUCCGACGAUUGCUUGGCCGCAAUCUUUCAUUUCCUGAACACCGCCGAUCGGAAACGGUGCUCUCUGGUAUGCCUCCGGUGGCGCCUUGUCGACGGCCAGAGGCGGCACCGGCUCUCCCUGAACGCACAGCCGGAAUUACUAGACUUCGUCCCUUCCCUAUUUAACCGCUUCGACUCGGUCACGAAACUCGCUCUACGAUGCGACCGAAAGUGCGCGAGCAUAAACGACGAGGCUUUGGUUCUGAUCUCGCUGCGGUGCAGGAACCUCACGCGCCUGAAGCUGCGCGGGUGCCGUGACAUAACGGAACUCGGAAUGGCCGGCGUAGGCGACAACUGCAAGGCGCUGAAGAAGCUAUCAUGCGCGUCGUGCAUGUUCGGCGCGAAGGGAAUCGCGGCGGUGCUCGAUCGAUGCUUUACUUUGGAAGAUCUAACGCUAAAGCGGCUACGUGGGGUCCACCACAUCGGCGACAUGGCGGUUGGUGCCGCGGCUUCGUUGAAAUCUAUAUGCCUGAAGGAGCUCGUUAACGGGCAAAGCUUUGCGCCGCUUUUGAUUGGCUCGAAGAAGCUUCAAACGUUGAAGGUUAUUGGGUGCACGGGGGAUUGGGAUGAGACUCUGGUUAGGGUUGGAUGUUCCAACAAUGGGUUGGUUGAGGUUCACUUGGAGAAGCUUCAGGUUACCGAUGUAGGGCUUGUUGCCGUGUCUAAAUGUUUAGGGUUGGACACUUUGCACGUUGUGAAGACCGCUGAGUGCUCCGACGUGGGGCUUUGUGCGGUUGCUGAGAGGUGUAAGUUAUUGAGGAAGGUUCACAUUGAUGGGUGGAGGACUAAUAGGAUUGGUGAUGAUGGGUUGGUUGCGAUUGCCAAACACUGUCUUAACUUGCAGGAGCUUGUGUUGAUCGGUGUUUAUCCCACUUUUUCGAGCUUGGCGGCGAUUGCGUCUAAUUGCGGGAAUCUGGAGAGGUUGACCCUUUGUGGGAUUGGAACCGUUGGUGAUGCGGAGAUUGAGUGCAUUGCUGAUAAGUGUGUUGCACUCAGGAAGCUUUGCAUUAAAGGGUGCCCUGUGUCUAAUGCUGGGAUUGGGGCUCUAGCUUCGGGGUGUCCCAAUUUGGUUAAGCUUAAGGUGAAGAAGUGCAAAAGGAUUACUGGUAAAGGGGUAGAGUGGGUGAGAGAACAGAGGGUUUCUUUGGCGUUUAAUUAUGAUGAUAGUGAAUUUGAAGCUUUGGAUGGGGGUGCAAGUGAUGGGGUUGGGGGAGCUCAGCAUAAUACGGUAGAGUUUCUACCAAACAUCAUCAACCAAACUACCGUGGCCGAGGCUGAGGCUUCUUCAAGUAAUAAUAACAACCGAAUGACAAUGUUAAGAUCAAGGUUUGGGUUUUCGGCUGGUAGAAAUUUAGUACCGGGUGCCUUCAGAAGGUGGUCUAACAGUGAUAAUGUCUCCAGUAGCAGUUUUGGAUGAUGGUUGCUAUGUGACUUUUUGUUUUUGCCUGAGUAGCUGAUAGCAGCAGCAUUUCUUUUGUUGACUAGAUUUGUCAGUCACCCUCAUUGAUUUGUCAGCAUUUCUGGUUAUAUCACCUUAGUAAAAAGUCUGUUUUAUUUCCUAUUAGUGCAGUUUUUGAUAAAACAAAAACUGCAGAGUUGACAAAAAAAAAAAAAACAGAAGAUAAAAACUGCAGAAAAUCUCGUUCCCUCUU